GACCGUUUAUUCCCUGCCACCGCACACUCUUCUGCUGCUGUAAUACUUGCGGUCUGGGCCCUGCUUCACUGGUCUUUCCCCGCGCCUGCAAUAAUGCGUGGUGGGCCGACCGGCCAGACGCCCAGAGCCACACCGCCAGCCUCAUUUUGUUGAUGAUUCACUGUUGGGCACCGUUUUGUGUGCGUGUUGCUGCCAGUCGCGGCCAAAUAAGCCCCCUCCUGCUGGUUCCUGGCUCCUGGGUAAUGUUUAUGUUAUGUAUCCUGCUUGCCGUCUCUUCCUCUCUCUCCAUCAACCCUUCCGCUCGCCCUUCCUCGCCCUUCAGUCCCGGCUCCCUCCGCUUGUCAUCUUGACCGAUUUCCCUCCAAUCAAUUUGGAGAUGAGCCUAGCCAACGCAUUGUCAGCGACAUAUGAUCUAACUUCUCGUCGUCGAUACUUAUUUAUCGUUGAGACCACUGUACUGGUGGCCUACACCGCGACUCCACAAUUGACUGCUUACGCCAUCAACGUCGCUAUGUGUCGCAGUCGAACUCACGUCCACAAGCCCUGUGGCUGCGUGACGGACCACGUCUACAUCUGUCGGCACUUCCCUGUUCGACCUCCACGGGAGGCCCCCGGCGGGUGCAGCCGCUAUACCACCUAUACGGCACCUCACUUCACACCCGAGGCCCUUGGUCGCUGUCCACACUCGUACACGGCCUUUCCAGAUUUCUUGGAUCCGUACCCAUGCCCCGUCCACCUGAGGGCUCUGAAUAAUAGCGGCUCACGAUGGGAGGCCGGUUCCCAGAGACUCAUCAAGCCAGCCUCACAGGGCCUUGGCGGCCACCCGGCGGAGAGAACGCUAUCCAUCUGGGAUGCCGAUUCAGACAACGAUAAAAGCCUCAGCAGAAGCAGCAGUACCAGCAGCAGCAACAACAACAAUAAUAAUAACAACAAACGCAAGAAGCGACAAUCUUCACGGCAUGCAUCUACAUCCUCCCGAGGACUAGAGAUGGACGACAACCUCUACUUCUCGUUUGGCUCGUUCGAGGAGAAGCAAGAAUCGCUCCUGCAGAUCCCUCGGACCCAUCGAUCCCUCAGCGAGGGAUACGAAUCCUUCCCGCUCUUCAACCAGUACCGACAAGACAGCGAAGACGACUGUGGACAGCAGCACCUGCUCAUCCAGGGAAAAGGCGAGUUGGACUCGCCGUCUGCCUACAUCGCCCGCGCUCAAUUCAUCCUCCGGCGCGAGCUGUCUAGUGUCGAUGGCGACAGUGAUACCGACUUCUCCCCGUCCUCCCUGGGCUCUCAACCCUCCUCCAUAUCAAGCCACGACGGAGACGCACAGCACCACAACUCCCGGCCUAGCAGCCCGACAUACAAGGCCAAGUCGUGGCUCUGGAGGCUCGUCGGCGGGUUUGGCGGCGCCUCCGAGCUCCCGGAACAGGAGUUACGAGCGCAUUCGCAUUCGCGCACCUCAACGUUUUGAUACCCUCUCGGCAUUUCAUGGUUUCUUAUUUCUCUGGAGAUACCUCUUCGCUUCUUCUCUGUACAUUCAACAAUUACUCCUUCACCAAGGCACAUCCAUCAUUCAAAGACGGCGCACGGGGCAUUUCUACGGCGGUCGGCAUUGUGAGGUGUUCGAUUC